AACCCACACAGUCACACGCUCACCUCACACUCUGUCGGAAAUACCAAAAGCUUCACCGACGCAUCCCCUCUUUUCCUGCUUCUGGAAAACCAACCCACAAACAAACAAUGGUGAAGCAGGAAAUCAUAUGGUUUACUCUUACCUCACUUCUUCUCUUAUUCUCAUCUUCUGCUGUUGAAACUCAAAGCAAAGUGACAAAAAACCCAGCUGACCAGCUAGUGCAAGUAAUAAACAAUAACAGAACUGCACACCAUUUAACAGCCCUGUACAGCAACCCUGGUUUGGCUUGCAUCGCAUUGCAAUACAUAAAAGCUUAUGAAGGAAAUUGUGACGAUGUGGGUGGACCUAAAGCCAAGAAGCCUGAAGAUUCUGCUUUUGCAGAGUCAUUUGCCCCGAAUUGCAACGUGGACCCUGCAACCCUGACCCAAAUCACAGGCCGUUUCCUGGGUUGCCAGUCUGAAUAUAUCAACCCUGAUAGAGCUUUCUCAGAGGUACUAAUGAAGGAUGGUAAAAGUCUGAACAUUCUAUACAGUAAAAACCACACUGAAGUUGGGGCCGCUGCUAGUGGGUCCGAUGGUGGGGGCCCGUAUUUCUGGUGUGUGCUCUUUAGCAAUGGUAAAUCUAACAGUAGCUUUGUUCUUGAGGGUGGCGAGGCUAAGGUCAGUAGACCGGGAUGUUUCAGUGGUGCCAAUGAUGACUGUAGCAGUGCUCAAGGUAGGUUUCAAUCCCAGUACCAUCUAGUUAAUUGUGUUCUAGGAGUUUUGGCUGUUAUUGGGUUCGCUUUCAGUAUAUGAUAGCAAUUCCUUGAUCAAAUGACUUGUAUUUGUUGGUUUUCCUUUGUAUUUUAUUUUUAUUUUUCAAUUCUUGAUUUUUUUUUUUCCCCUUUUUUGUUUAAUGAGACUUUGUUCCUCGAGCCCUCAAAAAAAAAAAAAAAAAGAGCUGCAGAAAGUGUAGUGUUACCUGAAAAUAUGUAUGUCCAUUAUAUGAAGAGAAUGAAAGAACUACAUAUUGUGAUUUGAGAAAA